GGGUAUUUCUGUAAAUUGAGUGAACUACGGUGAUCGCACAUCGAAACCAGAGACAAAGACACAUGCUUCUACGCAUUUCAACGGUCAAGAUUCUCUCUUCUCUUUCCACACACGCCAUUUCUCACCGUCUGAUCUCGUUAACCGCAGUCAAAUCUCAACUACGUCUGGUUAGUGCACAUUGGCCUGGCCUCUCUCUCUCUGUAGAGCCUCUCUGAUGAUGAGAUGAGUGUGUUUCAGCUUUUACCUUUAACAUGACUGAAUACUUACAUUACAUACCUAUGGGAUAUAGAUAUAGAUUUGAGAGAGAGAGAGAGAUUGAGCAGAUAUUUUUUCUCCUCUUUAUCUGAGAUGAGUUAUAUCAUAUAUGCAUUUCCUGCAACUGGAUAUUCCUUCUUUUACCUUGCUUUCAUCUUGAGGUGUAGAUUUGUAUCGGAUCUGUGAAUUUCGUUUCAUCUGCUGUUGUUAAAGAUCUUAGUCUAUUAUUAGGAUUUUGUUUUUUUUUAUUUCACCUGUUCAACUUAGUAAUCAUCACCUUUUGAUUUUUGGAUGAUGACGAUGAUGAUAACUGUGCUAUGAAUCAUCUUUCUUACCCUUAUCCAAUAAUAUUUCAAAUCCAGAAAUACUUGGUACUGUUCCUCUAGGUUUCAUUUUUCCUCUCUUCAUUCCUUCCAGAUCUAUUCUGAAAGUCGAAGAGAAGUUGUUGUAACUCCAAGUAUCCAGCUUUGUUUCUCACCAAAGUAGAAAAUCUUCAGAUCUGUUUCAUCUUAUAGAUCCAGUUUAGGAAAAAUAUAAUCUUCCCGGCCUACUUCAAAAUCCCCAAGUUAUUUCGCUUUUUUUUUUUUUUUUUUGAAUUCGAGGUUAACCUAACAUUCGUUGACUGAGAAGCCUUUUGCGAAAGAAAGUUGGGAUUUUUUCGGAAAACGAUUGAGAUUGAGUUGGAUCCGAUGUGUUUAUUUCGGGAUAUGAUGAGUUACUUCCCGGAGGAAGUAUUAGAGCACGUUUUCGAUUUCCUGACAUCUCACAGGGAUCGGAAUGCUGUGUCUUUGGUAUGCAAGUCCUGGUAUAGCCUGGAAAGGUUUAGCCGAGAAAAGGUUUUCAUUGGAAACUGCUACGCUGUGAACCCAGAGCGUUUGAUAGCGAGGUUCCCUAGGGUUCGGUCUUUGACUCUGAAAGGGAAACCCCAUUUCGCCGAUUUCAAUUUGGUGCCUCACGAUUGGGGUGGGGACGUAUACCCUUGGAUCGAGGCAAUGACCAAGAAUGGGAUAAAUCUGGAGGAGCUUAGGCUGAAGAGGAUGUUGGUUUCUGAUGAGAGUCUUGAGCUGCUUGCUAAGUCUUUCCCCAAUUUCAAGUCUUUGGUUUUGGUCAGCUGUGAAGGCUUCACUACUGAUGGCCUUGCUGCCAUUGCGUCCAAUUGCAGGUUUCUCAGGGAGCUUGACUUGCAGGAAAAUGAAGUUGAUGACCGCAAGGGCCACUGGCUCAGCUGUUUCCCUGACAGCUGCACCUCCUUGGUCUCUUUGAAUUUUGCAUGCCUCAAAGGAGAAGUUAAUGUAGCAGCUCUCGAGAGAUUGGUUGCUAGAUGUCACAACCUCCGAAGUCUAAGAGUGAAUCAUGCAGUGCCAUUGGAGGCUCUUCAGAAAAUUCUGGUGAAAGCCCCACAGAUAAAUGACCUGGGGACAGGGUCUUUUGUCCAUGAUCCAGAUUCAGAGACUUCCAAGAAAAUGAAAAAUACUCUCGAGAAUUGCAAAUCAGUUAGAAGCUUAUCAGGGUUUCUGGAUGUCAAUCCACACUGUUUGCCUGCUGUGUACCCAAUUUGCACGGAUUUGACAUCUUUGAACCUGAGCUAUGCACCAGGAAUAUACAGUAACGAGCUUAUAAAGCUAAUCUGUCACUGCAAGAAAUUAGAGCGUCUAUGGAUUUUAGAUACCAUUGGAGAUAAAGGGCUAGGUGCUGUGGCCUCGACAUGUAAAGAACUACAGGAGUUGAGAGUGUUCCCAUCUGACCUGUAUGGCGCUGAUAACGCUGCUGCCGUAACAGAGGAAGGGCUAGUGUCUAUAUCAGCUGGAUGCCCCAAACUUAAUUCACUGCUAUAUUUCUGUCAGCAGAUGACCAAUGCAGCACUGAUCACCGUGGCCAAAAAUUGCCCCAACUUUAUUCGGUUCCGCUUGUGCACCCUUAAUCCAGUUAUACCAGAUGCAGUUACCAAUCUGCCACUAGAUGAAGGUUUUGGGGCAAUUGUCCAGUCGUGCAAGGGUCUGAAGAGGUUGUCAGUAUCGGGUCGUCUGACAGAUCAGGUAUUCCUUUAUAUAGGAAUGUAUGCAGAGCAGCUGGAAAUGCUUUCAAUUGCAUUUGCUGGGGAUAGUGACAAAGGAAUGCUGUAUGUGCUGAAUGGGUGCAAGAAACUGAAGAAGUUGGAGAUAAGAGAUAGCCCCUUUGGCAACGCAGCACUUCUAUCAGACAUGGGGAAGUAUGAAACAAUGCGAUCCCUUUGGAUGUCUUCCUGUGAAGUGACGUACGGAGCAUGCAAGACUCUUGCAGAGAAGAUGCCGACACUCAAUGUGGAGAUCAUUAAUGAAGGUGAAGACCAAGUUGAGGCUAGUAGUAGCCCUGAUGCUAGACACAGAGUCGAAAAGAUGUACUUGUAUCGCACGCUGGUUGGCCCUCGCAGAGAUGCACCUGAUUUUGUUUGGACAUUGUAAAUCAGUCCUCUGCUUGUUUUUCUGUGUUAAGUAGUAGAUAUCUGUAGACUUUUUAGACCCCCCAACUAUUUAUGCAUUUCUAAUUUCCUUAUUGUUAUUGUUAUAUAUUUAAGGUUCUCCUCUUGAUUGAACUUCAACCUGUGUAAUGCUGCUUUUGUUAAUAUUGACUACUACACCACAUCCAGUGCUGUCAAGCAUAAUCUAUUUCGUGCUUGUCUAUUUGGAUGAUAAGGUGUUCUGUUUUCACAU